GGGGUAGUGACAUUUGGCAGGAUCAGCAACGCUCACACUUCAUGAAGUAUUCUGAACUUCAUGCACUUGUCUUUGUUUCAUGAGCAUCAUCUUCACCUUUGCGUCAACAGCAAGCUUGGUGUACACAACUCAUGGAUUGGCUUGAGGACCAUGAAAUCCGUGCUUCCAAUCAACAACGACACUCGACGGCUGAGUGUAGACCAUCGUCCACCAUCAGAGCUUGGAUAUAAUGUGGUGUGGAAACAGGAGCAUGUCACAUGUGGAAAGUUGCUCGAGAAAGAGCUCGGCUCAGUCUUGCAGAGACACUGAAAAGAAGUGGGCCCGUGGAAGCUAGAGAAAAGAGGGAACACGUUUCGAAAAUCUAUGUUUUGUGAAAAUCGCGAUUUCGCUGCAACGAAAUCAACUUCACUUACCUUUUGCGUGUGCCUGGCCCGCAAUUUCAUGGACACAAAUUAUAUAGCUUCAAGGUGCGGGUUUCGGUCAUUUUGCGCGUGUUAAAUGCACACUGCACUACCUCUCCCAGCGCUCCUGAGGCGGCGCAACGUUUUGAGGAACCUACUGGCGAUGGCCUCCACCUACUAGCAAUGGCCUCCUCCAACCUCCUAGCGAUGAUAGAAAGAUUCUUUGGCUGAGUUUUUCUGUUUAUAGGAGUCUAUGGCAAGUCGAUGAAAACUUUACUGCCACCUCUGAUCGUUUGGAGCUGCAGUUUCGCAUGGCCAUUUGCUUCUGCUCAAGCUCGGGACCGGGGCUAGGAAAAGGCAAGGCAAUGCCACCAAAGUGGAAGAAUUCCGGUCAGGGGAAUGAUGACUGGCAGGAGGACUUCCUGUCAGCUGCUGUCACCCAGGCUUUGGAGCCUAUCCUCACACAGGAGACGGAGUGGGACCAAGCCAAGCUGGAGAAGAGGGUGAAGCAGUACUUCCGGAAUGCGGCCAAGAACUUGGAGUUCAACGUGAAGCCAUGGCAAGAGCUGGUGGAGGAGUAUUGCGACCACGUCUUUGCAUCACUCUUCCAGGCGCUCAAGGAACGCCCGUGGCUGACACAGGUGGAUUUUCUCAUGGUGGUCGAUGCUGGGGUCAAGGAGCUUUUUCCUCCUUACCUCCUGCAGCAUGUGCCCCAGCUGGUCUUCGAGCAGCAGGUUCUCAGUGCGCACGAUCGUGCCUUCGAGGAGCAGCGCUUUGCGCCGAUGCUCUGGGACACCCUCUUCGAACGGAUAGAAGACAAGGCUCAAAAGAGUCGCAUCUACAACGCUUUGGAGGCCGCUCGAAAAGAAGCCGCCAUGAUGAGUGGCGAGGCGAACGCAGUCGAGAACUUUCUCAAGGCCUGGGUGGCCUGUUCUCUUCGGGAGAUGCUGUCCCAAAGCAAAGUGCCCUUGGAGCAAGAUUUACCGCCAGAGCUCUGCCGGGACAUCUUCCAUGCCCUCAUUGAAGCCGGAGCGUUGCCUUUGCCUCUCACCCAGGAAGGUGUGCCGCCUGAGAGCCUGGUGAUCCUUGAUCAGGCCAUCGAGGAUGGCUAUGCGGGCAACCUGCCCGUGCCACCCGCACCAACGCCCAAGCCCAAAGGAAAAACUGCGCCUGCUGCAUAUCGGCCUCCGACGCAGAAUAGUGUCUACAAGGAGCCCCGCGUGCCCACCAGCGCGCCCGUCUUCAACGGCAAGGGCGGGGCGACACUUGGGCUGCCUCGGCCCGCGGUGUCGGUGGCGAAAGGUGCCGGUGCGGCGAAGGGUGCUGGGCAGUUCACGCCCAGAACGCCUGGCUGGCAGAACCCCUUCAGCAGCCAAGGCCAAAAGAGACCGCUGGAGCAAAGCUUCGGGGGCGGCAAGAAUGGCGGUGCAGCUCCUCCUGCCAAGUGGCAGAAGAAACCCGACCUUUCGCAAAUGAACUUUGCCAGAGGACAUCACCUUUGCACACAGAAGGAGGAUUGCAUUGGUGACAACCAAAGCGCGUUGGUUCAGCACGUGGAUGACGGUGUGCCCGGAGACUUAUAUUGUACGGCCUGCUGGGCUGUCUUCGCCGACGCGGAUGAGACGCUGAACGCAAUUCCUUUCGACAACUGAGAGGCGGCCGGUGCGACCGGAGCGACUGCCCUCUGCGGUUGGAAUCGCCAACCGACUGAGCCGCGGCUGGUGGUGCUACGCAGCAGGAAUCUUCGAAAAUGGCCAUCUGGGCCAGCAGAGUUGAUUCUCUUUUUGUUGGAAGUGUAUGG